AAAAAUCUCUCUUUUGUCAAUCUUAUCAUCAUGAAGGCUCUCCUCCUCCUUGUUCUUAUCUUAAGCACAACAGCACCAAUGUUGGAAGCACAAACCUGCACAACAGAUUAUGAUUGUCGUAUAUUUUAUGGAUGCCGAGAUUGGAUUACUUGCGACCAAGGCAUAUGUACCGGUUGCGAGUACCCUUCUCAACAAGCACUCACCAAUUAUACCGCAAGAAAAAUGGCUCAUAACUAAAGACAAAUAAUUAGAGACAAUUAGU